AUGAAUUAGAAAAGUUUGUAGUCAAUCGUCGUUUAGUGCAGCUGAUUUUUCGACUCAGUUCAGCUAAAAAAAUCGUACGUAAAAGAAAAAUAACUAUUUUGGAAUACUUUUAUUAUAAUUAUUGAAAUAAUAUAUAAUCUUUUUACUUAAAAAAUCUUCGAUAGUAUAUAAGACUUAAUGGUUUUUCAAGUUUGACUGUUAGGCCUAUUGAGUCUUAGAAAUUUGAAAUUUAAACGUCCAAACUUCAAUAUACAAAAAAGAACUUAGUUGAUGGGAACGAAUGUCACUCAAGCCAAUAAGGCCUGCUCCACUUCCUCCUCCAACUAAUCAGCUUCCUGCAAACGCUAAACCUAAGAUUCACAGCAAGAAAAAUGUUAGUAAUGAAAAGAAAACUACCUUUUUCAAUGGUGUGUCUGCAAAACCAACAAUCAUUCGUCCAAAAUUGGAUGGUCAACAGUUGAAGAAAAAGAAAUUACCACCACCAAGACCAGCUCCACCAAAAAUUAAUAAGAAUGGAAAUGGAGGAGGCAAUGUAAAUAAAUUACAGGAUAUAUUUCAAUCUAAUGUAUUACAAGAUGAUCUAGCAAUUUUUUUUGGAGAUGAUAAUGGUAUAAAACAGAAAAAUACAAAGCAACCGUUACAAGUGAAUCACACUAAAAAUUCCAGACCACCAAGAGUAGCUCAGAGAUCAAUGAAAAAACGAGCACCAAAUCCAUUAGAAACUCAGAGUCAUAAUACUAAUGCUCUUAUUGAUUUUGAUACACCUAUUUCCACGCAAUCUUCAUCAUCAAAUGAAGAUAUUUGCAAGAUAUUUGGAGGAAAUUUUAAUUCAUUCCAAAACUUAAAAUCAGAAAAUAAAUCUCUUCUUGAUAUGGAUGAUCCAUUAUUAGAAAAUUUUAACUUCUCAUUAUCAGAUAUCAAAAAAACUAAUUCUCUGCCAGUGGGAAAUAAUUUAGAAAAUAUUCCUAUGAAUGGAAUGGAAAAAUGUGAAAAAUAUGUUUCAAGUGUAAAUACACUAGCUAUGAAUUUAAAAUUGGAAGAAAUAUAUCAGAAGAAACCAGUUCCAGCACCACGAAGAACUUUUGAAAACUUGGGAAAGGAAAAUGCUAUUAAUAAUACAGAAUUUCAUCAAAAUUCAGUUUUUGCAUCAAAUACUGCAAAAAAUAAAUUUCAAAUAUCUCAGUCAGAUCUUAUAAGUAACCAUCACAUUAAGCAAGAAAAUAAAUAUAAUACAAAUUCUGUAAGUGAUUUUCAAGAAAAAGACUUGAAUUCAAGAAUUGAUCAAGCAAUGAAUAAUGAAUGGAAUGAUGUACAUACCACUACAACAUAUUUUCAUUCUACAAAUAAUGAAGUUAUUUGGGAUCACUGUGCCUCGCCAUUUUCAGAUGUAUCAUCAUAUAAUACUAUUGGAUCUUUUGAUAGUAAUGAUGAGUCAGGAGACAUAAAUGAGUGUCCUCCUGAACCAGAAUUUCCUCCACCGCCACCACCUAGAGAUAUAUUACUUGAGGAAGAAGCAAAUGAAAAUUAUGUUCAUUCUAUUACAGAAGAUCCAAAGACAUUCCAGACUGUAAGACAAUUUUAAUAGCUUUGUUUUACU